AUGCAAUCCUAUUCGGACCAUAAAGUAGGCGGCAUUCCUCCGGCCAGUGCCGAUGGCCUCGAUCUGACCAUGGAGGACGCCCCUUUCCGCGCUUCUAGAGCCUACCAACUCGAGAUGUUGCAAAUGAGCCUCAAGGAGAAUGUAAUCGUUGCUAUGGAUACCGGAAGCGGCAAGACCCAAAUUGCCAUUCUCCGCAUACGAGCGCAGCUUGAAUCCUCAUCGGACCAAAAGUUGAUUUGGUUUCUAGCCCCGACUGUGCUUCUCUGUGCUCAGCAGGUCGCGGCCAUCAGGAUGGAAAUACCCUCCAUUUCCAUUCGAUUGAUCGUCGGAAACGACAAUGUUCACACUUGGGGCGCCUCAACGUGGAAAUCCCUGUUGAGUGGAACUCAGGCAGUCGUGUCUACAUAUCAAGUUCUUCUCGACGCCUUGGAUCAUGCGUUUGUCAAGCUGGACGCACACAACUGCGUCGGAUCUCACCCUGGCGGGAAAAUAAUGAACCACUUUUACCAUUACCAAACGACGCCGCAGGAGGCCGCCAACAGCUCUGCUCGGCCGGCGAUAUUGGGUCUAACUGCUACGCCAAGCAUGCAAGCUCACAUCACCGGCGUCGAGAAGCUCGAAAAGGUGCUCGAUGCAAAAUGUGUUUCGCCGUCGCUUCAUCGUGAAGAAUUGUUGCGCCAUGUCAAACGGCCGCAACUCAGAAUAAUCGAAUGCGAAUCUACCUCAACGGAGCACUACACAGAGUCCAUGACCUCGCUACGGCAGGAAUGCGUAAAGAUGGACAUUUUGGAAGAUCCAUAUGUUAUCUCGCUUCGCACGCAAAAUACGGAUAGGAGCAUGCGACGUCUGCAAAGGGUCAUGGCUGAGCAAAAGACUUGGUCCCGGCUGCAGGUAUCGAGCCUUCUGAACCGGUCCCGAACGAUUCGGAAUGUGUUGGGUCCAUGGGCGGCUGACUUUUACAUCUGGAGAUCGAAACAUACCUUUCUCCAGAAUCUCGAAUCCGUGGUUCCUUCUCUGGAUGGCUGGAUUCCAGAAGAAAAGCUUUACAUUGCGAGAGUCUUGCAGGACAUUGCCGCCCUCGAGCCCACACCACGCCCAAUCGGCCAGGACAGCGUCUCGGACAAGGUUCACUUGCUGCUGCGCGAGCUACUUACAUUCCAGGGCGACGUCAUCGGUAUUAUCUUUGUCACGGAGCGUGCCACGGCGGCUGUGCUGGCGGCGCUCCUUCGCUCGAUACCGGGUAUUCGAGACCGGUAUCAGAUAGGUUGCAUGGUCGGGACCUCGAAUAAUCAGCUUAGAAAGCGCAGCCUGUACGAGUUCUUUGGUUCCAACGAUCUUCAAACAUUGCACGAGUUUCGAGAGGGCACGAUCAAUCUCCUCGUGGCCACGGCAGUUCUGGAGGAGGGCAUCGACGUGCCGGCGUGCAAUCUGGUCAUCUGCUUCGAUAGCCCGCAGUCGCCGAAAUCCUUCAUCCAACGGCGCGGGCGAGCCCGAAUGCAAGACUCGACAUUGCUUCUCUUUACCCACAAAGAAUCUUCCAUCAUCGACGAGUGGGCAGUCUUUGAGGAGGAAAUACAGAAGCUGUGCCAGGAUUCCGAGCGUGAACACCAGCACUUGCAGACUCUGGAGCGUCUUGACGAGGGUAUAGACUUUUGCUUCCGGGUGCCGUAUACUGGAGCUCGACUCGACCAUGAUAAUGCCAAGCAGCAUUUGGAGCACUUUUGCCGUGUCAUUUCAUCAAGGCAAUACACAGAUGGCCGUCCGGACUAUGUUACCAAGCUCACAGAAGGCGACCAUGGCCUGGCCAUUACCGCCCAGGUCUUUCUACCAGCUUCGCUGCCACCCAAACUCAGAGUCUUUCAAUCAUCCCGCUCUUGGCUAUCAGAAGCCAACGCUAUGAAGGAUGCGGCUUUCCAGGCCUAUCUGGCCCUCUUCCACGCUGGUUUGGUGAAUAAGAAUCUGCUGCCACUAGAGAUUAACAUUGACCUCGAGGUGGAAAGCCGGGCCGCCAUUAUCGGUGUCCAGCCGUUGCUGGAGCCAUGGGCUGAAGUAGCAGCUGCGUGGUCUGAGGGAGAUUUUCGAUGGGCGUACACAGUACAGGUUCGCGGACCAGAUGACGUUUUUUUCGGAGACUACACCAUGACGCUGCCCGUUGAGCUCGGUCCGCUGCGCCCAGCGAAUUUAUAUCUCGACUACAAUACUGCGUGCAGGCUGGAAUUCUCGCCUCCUCGACGUAUUCCGACAUCGGAAGCAAACGAAAUGGAAGAUCACACCUCGACGCUCAUUGGCCUUCACUUUUGCCAUCGCUGGCCAAUGACGGAAGGGCCCCAUGUCAUCAAGUUGACUUCGCACGACGAUUCCCUCAACCUUGCUGGCAUUGGAAAUCGGCCAUUUGACGCAGACUCAGCGGCCGUCUCAAGUAGAGACUAUCUAAUUCGUGAUCGCAGCCAGGCGCCGUCCCGGUAUCUCAGCGACCUCCCGGUCAAGCCGCCCAUGAACAUGGUGCAGCGUCCCUUCAGGGACUAUGAAGUGGCGCCAGAGGAGCCCUAUCUGAAUUUGCUGCGGUGGACUCGCCGUACCGAUUUUCUUCAUCCGAUCAAAGUCGAUCCAGAGACGCAAAUUCUGAGCCAAAAGCAGUAUGCUUCUGUGCUGCCAGUAUCCUACGCUACGAUGGAUAGCAUUCACAUUAAGCACGCCCGAUUUGGAAUGCUGGUUCCAUCCAUUGUCCAUAUAAUCGAGACGAUGCUCAUUGUACGGCAGCUCUCAGUCACACUUCUUGAUCCGCUCGGCAUUUCGGACUAUUUUCUACUGAGAGACGCCAUCAGCGCGAGGAGCGCAAUGGAACCCACGCACUACGAACGGCUCGAGUUCCUGGGUGACUCCAUACUCAAGUAUUGUGCCAGCAUGCAAGCUGCGGUAACAAAUUUGGAUUGGUCUGAAGGCUACCUAUCUAAAUACAAGGAGCGACUGAUAGCCAAUUCAAGACUCUCACGGGCUGCUGUCGAGACUGGGUUGUCAAGAUUCAUACUGUCAAUGCCCUUUACAGGUCAAAAGUGGCGUCCUUUCCAUCUCGAAACUGUCCUGGCCGGCAAAAUGAAACCAAGUCCCAAGCGCAACCUGUCGACAAAGGUACUUGCCGACGUCGUCGAGGCGCUGAUUGGCGUAGCUUACACGGUCGGCGGUAUUCCCAAAACUAUUCAGUGUCUGUCAAUAUUCAUCACAGAGUGCGAUUGGAUGGAUCCAAGCGACUGUAGGGAGGAAUUCUUCUCAUGUGCGCCAAGUCAUGGUGUGAAUUCUUCCUACUUGCAUGUUCUUGAGGAACUGGUUGGCUAUUCAUUCACCAAGAAGUCUCUUCUCCUCGAGGCCACAACGCACGCAUCCUACAUUGGCGACAUUUUUGGGCGGAGCUGGGAACGGCUGGAAUUUAUCGGAGAUUCGAUUCUUGACUACAUCAUUGUCAACAAGCUCAUCAACCAUACGCCGCCACUGGCACAUUCGCAGAUGCACAUUAUAAAAACCGCCAUGGUCAACAUGGAUUUCCUGGCCUUUAUCAGCCUCGAGGAGCAUGAGCUCUCGCAAACUGAGUCGUUUGUGACGGAGAGCGGGACGGUGCUCACGGAGAACAAGCACACUGCUCUGUGGAAAUUCAUCAGGCACUCCUCGAGCGGCAUCGGGCCAGCGCAGCUGGAAACGGCGAAGCGACACGUGCAGUUCCGCGGCGCGAUUCUGCGCGCGAUCCGCGACGGCGACCACUACCCGUGGCACAUCCUCAUCAAGCUGCACGCGAGCAAGUUCUACUCGGACCUGGUCGAGGCCGUGGUCGGCGCCCUCUGGGUCGACUCGGGCUCGCUGGCACCGUGCGAGGCGUUUCUCGCGCGCGUCGGCAUCCUGCCGUACCUGGACCGCGUCCUCGCCGACGGCGUGCACAUGCAGCACCCUAAGGAAGAGCUCGGGAAGCUGGCACAGGCGAGAACAGUGGUCUAUAACAUUGACGAGGUCCUGGAUGACGAAGGCGGCAAGACGUACAGCUGCAGGCUGGUUGUCGGCGGCGUCGAGGUCGGGUCGGGCCGCGGCGGGCUGACGGCGGAGGAAGUGAGAGUGGGAGCCGCGACGGAGGCGGUCGCCUAUCUCAAAGCGGAGGCGGCCUUUCAAGCUGACGAUGAAGUAGCAGAUGCUUAA